UGCACAGCGUCAGGAACUCUGCAAUGGCUACGGAGGUGACGGCUCAGCUGGCUGAACACCCACUGCCGAGUCCAAAGGCUGAGCUGAAACCCGAGAAGAAGCCAGGCCACAGGCCACGGAGCCAGGGGGACGGAGGGCCACAGAGAGAGCUGGUGAUCCCAGGGGUCGUGGAUUUUGAGCUGAUCCCAGAGACGGUGACGACCCCCAAGCCCCAAACCCCUGGCUCCUACCGCUUUGGCCGCCUCAGCCACCACUCCUUCUUCUCCCGGCACCACCCUCACCCUCAGCACGUGACCCACAUCCAAGAUCUAACCGGGAAGCCCGUCUGUGUCGUCAGGGACGAGUUCUCUAUGGCACCCUUGCCUGAGUCCACACCCUUGUCUCGCUGUCUGAUGGGGAUGCCCACCAUCUCCAGCCCCAUCGGAGACCCCCAGUCCAACCGGAACCCUCAGCUUCCUUCUGAGGCCUGGAAGAGGGAACUCAAGGAGCUGUCUUCCCGGGUGGCCACCUUCACCAAGGAGAAUGAGCUGAAGACCCAAGAGCAGAAGGAAGAGCCUCUGCGGGAGCAGGGGGCAAAGUACUCGGCCGAGACGGGUAGGCUCAUCCCGGCUUCCGCCCAAGCUGUUGGCCGCCGCAGCUCCCGCCAGCGGAGCCACCGCGCGGGCAGAGAUGGAGGAGUGCAGGGCUUCCUCCUGCAGGACCAGGAUCUGCUGGUCCUGGAACUCCUUUGUCAGAUCCUGCAGACAGACUCGCUGAGCGCCAUCCAGUUCUGGCUACUCUACGCUCCCCCCAAGGAGAAAGACCUGGCUCUAGGACUCCUGCAGACAGCAGUGGCUCAGCUCCUCCCUCAGCCUCUGGUCUCCAUCCCAGCAGAAAAGCUCCUGCACCAGCUCCAAGAAGUCCAAGAACCACCACCACAAGAGAAGCCGCAGCCAGCUUCCAGUCAAUCCCCGAAGAAAAUGAAGACCCCACCUUUACCCAAAAGCGAAAAGCCAGAGUACAUCGGGAAAGCGCAGGUCCUGCGGAUGCCCUUGAGCCUGGACAAAGACGAAAAACCGUCAGAGGCAAAAGCAGGAAGCUGAGAAGUGCAGAGCCCAGCGAGGCACCUUGGCCUGCCUGGCACCAAGGCAGCUCCCAAGUCUGGGAGAACUUCGGCCCCAACCGCUUCAACAGCAGCUCCUAAACUCCUCGGCAGAGUCCUCCAAAUAAAAGUCUGUCUUCCCUUCGGGAGGACAGGCCCGU